AUUGGUGUUAUUUAAAGCCUACUCGUGCUUAGUACGUCACUGCGAUGGUGGUUAUAUUCCCAUCAGAUAUCUUUAUAAAAUGCUAUGCGUCGAAAGUAACUAGAAGUGCGUGAUUACUGAUAAUAGUUUUUGAUGGUGCCUAAAAAUGCGUAAAACGUGGGAAAUUUAAGCAAUUGCAGUUUAGGAUUUGAGACAAUCAGUAAAGCAAUGGACAGCAAGCAACAAUUACCUGCCCAAUUGGAACAGUCAUUCAAGUUAUACAAGAUGCGAUGGGUGGUUCUUGUGGUAUCAGUAUUUACUUGUGCCAGUGGCAACAUGCAGUGGAUGCAGUAUGGCAUUAUUGGGGACGUACUUGUACUGUACUAUGGGAUAUCUUUCGACGCUGUUAACUGGACAUCUAUGGUGUUUCUACUAAUGUACAUUAUCUUCCUGUUUCCAGUUAGUUACAUUUUGGAUAAGUACGGUGUUCGAGUUUCUUUAAUUGUUGGCAUUGUUGGUACAGCCAUCGGAGCUUGGAUCAAGGUUCUGUCGGCAUCUCCUGACCGAUUUUGGGUGUUAUUGGUUGGACAAACCUUCGUAGCGAUAGGCACCUCAACAUUUCUAGCUCUACCCGCAAAAUUGGCUGCAGUUUGGUUUGGAGCUAAUGAAGUGUCGUCUGCGUGUGGGUUUGCUCUUGCUGGAGUACAGAUGGGUUUUGCUGUCGGUUACGCGGUACCUCCGCUUCUAAUACGGAAUCAGUAUGAUCGGUCACUUAUAGAAGGCGACUUAUUUACCAUGAGCUUGUGCGUGGCAAUCACAUGCACAGUGCUGGUUAUUGUUGUGUUAAUUUGCUGUCCCGAUAAGCCAGAGACACCACCAUCGUACGCCGCCAUGUGCUGCCAAGAUCAAAGAAUUACAUUCUUCGAACCUCUUAAAAAGCUAGUAGCAAAUCGUGCGUACUUGCUCAUUGUUGUGGGAUUUGGCAUAGACUUAGGAGUAAGUGGAGCGGUUUCUGCUCUUCUGAACCAAAUCGUUUUAGCAUACUAUCCGGAAGGUUUCCUAGAUGCCGGUCGCAUUGGCCUCCUUGCAGUCACAACUGGAAUUUUUGGAUCUAUUAUUUGUGGUAUAGUGUUGGACCGGUAUAAGUGCUACAAAGAAGCGUUGCUAACAUUACAACUAAUGACCAUCCUGACAAUGACUGUUUUUACAGUUACCUUCAAAAUGCAUAUCAUAUCAGUUUACGUUUCCAUGGGUCUGCUAGGGUUUUAUCUGGGAGCGCAAUGGGCCUUGAGUUUUGAAAUCGUAGCCGAAAUAACGUUCCCUGAACCGGAAGGUAUAGCUGUCGCGUUGCUAAAUGGUUUUGGGCAAGCUUUGGCCAUACCUUUAACGUAUCUAUAUUCAACAUUGUUUUAUCAGGCGAAUGUUGUGUGGGCAAACACUGCAAUAACCAUCCUUGCCAACGUUGCCUUUGUAGCAAUGCUUUGCAUGCCAAUGGAAUUACGAAGAAAGGCUGCGAACCUCAAAGAAAAGGAGCAAAAAUCAGUUCAUUGUAAUUGAAUAAUAAUAAAUAAACAUAUUACAUUCAA